UGGAUCCAGAUCCUAACCACAGCAACAAACCAUUGCGAUUCCCACCACCACCUGCACCGUCAUCUUCACUCUCCAACAACGAACCCCCAACCCAACCUCACUUCGGAUCCUCCAACGGGUUACUCGAAUCUCAAUUUCGGAGCUCCAAAAUAAUGGAGCAUCAGUCUCAUAGCGCAGAGGAAACGACGUCGUCUUCUCCGAUGGCCGCGCUGCUCCCCUUGGCCUCCGACUCGCAGCAACCUUACGUCUCCGAACUCCUCUCCUUCACCCUCGAUCGCCUCCACAAGGAACCGGAGCUGCUUCGCGUUGAUGCGGAGCGGAUCCGGCGGCAAAUGCAGGAGGUAGCCGUAACGAAUUACCGGGCGUUCAUUUCCGCCGCGGAUGCAUUGAUAGCGAUUCGUGAGGAAGUUACCUCUAUUGACAAGCAUCUUGAAGCCUUGAUAAAUGAAGUCCCAAAGCUGACAUCUGGAUGCACUGAGUUCAUAGAAUCUGCAGAACAGAUUCUGGAAAAGAGGAAGAUGAACCAAACAAUGCUAGCCAAUCAUAGCACUUUGUUAGACUUGCUAGAAAUUCCCCAACUUAUGGACACUUGUGUACGAAAUGGAAAUUAUGAUGAGGCCCUAGAUUUGGAAGCAUUUGUUGGUAAACUUUCAACCAUGCAUCCCAAGUUGCCAGUUAUUCAAGCAUUAGCCGCAGAAGUUAGGUUAACUACCCAAUCACUACUUUCUCAGCUUCUUCAGAAACUUCGCUCAAAUAUUCAGUUACCCGAAUGCCUCCGCAUUAUUGGAUAUUUACGGCGAAUAGGAGUAUUUAGUGAGUAUGGAAUGCGCUUGCUGUUCUUAAGAUGCCGUGAAGCUUGGCUUACUGGUAUACUUGAGGAUCUGGACCAGAGCAAUCCGUAUGAGUACCUAAAAGGGAUGAUUAACUGUCACAGAAUGCAUCUUUUUGACGUUGUUAAUCAAUAUCGAGCAAUAUUUGCUGAUGAUACUUCAGGAAGUGAGGAAAAUUAUGAUGGUGGGCUUCUUUUUAGUUGGUCAAUGCAUCAAAUUACAUCACAUCUUCAAACUUUGAAAGUUAUGCUUCCAAAAAUAACUGAAGGUGGAUCUCUCUCAAAUAUUUUGGAUCAGUGCAUGUACUGUGCUAUGGGACUUGGAUGGGUUGGACUAGAUUUUCGAGGCUUGCUCCCAUCACUCUUUGAAGAGGCUGUUCUUAACUUAUUCUCAAAGAAUAUGAGUACCGCAGUAGAUAACUUUCAGUUGGUCUUGGAUUCGCAUCGGUGGGUUCCGCUCCCAGCUGUUGGCUUCCAUGCAAAUACUGUUGGUGAAGAAAGUCAGGAGGAUGUCACUCCACCAUCUUAUUUGAUGGAGCAUCCACCUCUUGCUGUUUUUAUUAAUGGUGUAUCUGCAGCAAUGAAUGAACUGCGUCCAUGUGCCCCAAUAAGUCUAAAACAUGUCCUUGCCCAAGAAUUGAUUAAGGGAUUACGAGCUGUUUCUGAUUCAUUGUUGCUGUACAAUACAACUCGAGUGCUCAGAGCGAACGAAUCAGGACUUUUCCUCUCACUCUGCCGGGCAUUUAUUGAGGUUGCUUAUCCUCAUUCUGCAACAUGUUUUGGACGAUGUUACCCCGGUGGAGCAACAAUUAUUAUGGAUGCUAAGAACUUGUAUGACGGAAUCAGCCGCCUAUUAGAGACAUCCUCUGCUGCAAGAGAGCUCCCAAAACCAGUGAACAAUGGCAAAGCAAAGGGUGCAGAUGAGAAUGGUGAUGUUCCGGCAGCAGCAGAGAACGGAGAAACAACUACCGCCAAAGAAUCCAAAGCCAUCAAUGCUGAUGAGGUGGUGGUGGACAAAGUCCCUAUUCCAGAGACAGAACAAGAACACACCAAUAUUGAAAAGCCCAUGAAUGAUAGUGUGACAUCUUAAUGAUGGAUAUAAAUAGAUAUAAAUGGAUUUCUGUUCUUCCCUUGUCUGUAUUUUAUUAUUCUUUUGUAUCUUCAAGAAAGGAUGUUGCUAGCUGUAAUUAUAUUGUCGAAUUUCGUCAAAUUUACAUAAUCUUCUAGUCCAUAGAAAGCAUUUGUCCUAUUAGAAGAAAGAAGAGAAUUUUGACAGA